AUGUUUGAAAUUUCAAGAAAAGGUGGAAUCACAAAAACUAUUUAUUCAUUGAUAAAAGAGAAACGAUUUGAAGAUGUAGUUGAAAUUUUAUCAAAUUUUAAAGAUAUUCAAACAUCAAGAGCUGGAUUAUCGAUUUUAGCCCAUUCCUAUUAUAAUUUACAAAAAUUUAUUGAUGCUGCCAAUUGUUAUGAGAUACUUUGUGAUUUAGCUCCCAAAGAAGAAAAAUAUAAGUUCUAUUAUGCUCAAUCAUUAUAUCAGGCUGGAAUUUUCGAAGAAUCAUUGAAAAUAUUAAAACAAAUAACAUCCGAUGAAUUAAAGCAACAAGUGCUACAAUUACAAAGUACAAUACAAUAUUCAGAAGAAGAAUAUUCAAUGUGUCAGGCAACACUGGGCCAAAGACCACAAGAUAGUUCUGAUACAGCUAAUGAUGAGGGUUGCCUAUUAUAUCAGGCUGAAAUAUACGAUGGUGCGUUAAAAAAAUUUCAUUCUGCUUUGCAAAUGGGCGGUUUUAAUCCCUUAAUUGCUUAUAAUAUUGCGCUAUGUCACUACAGAAUGAAACAGAAGGCCCAGUCAAUGAAUUAUAUUAGUGACAUAAUGGAAAGAGCUAUAAGAAAUUAUCCGGAGCUUGGAAUUGGAUCGCAACAUGUCUUAGAAACCAAUGAUACACGAGGAAAUAUUAAUUUGACAACACUUUCAUUAUCUGCUCUAACACAAGCCCUAAAUUUGAAAGCAGCCAUUGAAUAUCAAGAUGAGAAUGUUGAAGGUGCUAGAGAAGCACUUUUAGAUAUGCCACCUAGAAUGGAAAGUGAACUUGAUCCUAUCACAUUACAUAAUAUGGCUUUAACUGAUCCAGAAGGACCAGGAGCUGGAUUAAAAAGAUUAGCAUUUCUAUUAGAAUUGGGACCAUCGGUUUGCCCAAAAGAAGCUUUAGGAAAUAUUCUUUUAUUAUGUUGUAAACAUGAAAUGUAUGAUACAGCUGCUGAUAUUUUAGCUGAAAAUGCUCAUUUAACUUAUAAAUUUUUAUCUCAAUAUUUAUAUGAUUUGUUGGAUGCAUUAAUAACAGCUCAAACAUCAACAGAAAAUGCUGAAAAGAAAUUGGGAACGUUAGCAUCAGGUUUAGCUGCUAAAUUACGUACUCUGGCAGCACAAGUUCAAGAAGCACGCGGUAAUACAGAUCAAAAUGUUUUAAGAAAUGCAUUAAAAGAAUAUGAAGAGAUUUUAGAGAGAAAUUACUUACCUGUAGUAUUGGCAAGAGCUUGGUUAUAUUGGCGUGAAGAUGAUUUUAUUGGAGCUGAAAAAGAAUUUAGAACUAGUGCUGAAUUUUGUUCAGAAAAUCAAAUAUGGAGAUUACAUGCUGCUCAUGUAUUAUUUAUGCAAGGUGAUAAAUACAAAGAGGCAGCAGCUUUUUAUGAACCAAUUGUUAGACAAUAUUCACACGAGAUUAUUAAUGUUUCUGCAGCAGUUUUAGCAAAUUUAUGUGUGUCGUAUAUUAUGACAUUUCAAAAUGAAGAAGCUGAAGAAUUAAUGAGAAAAGUUGAAAAAGCUGAAGAAGCCAAGGGGAAUGCAGAAAAACAAUUAUUACAUCUUUGUAUUGUAAAUUUGGUUGUUGGUACUUUAUAUUGCUCAAAAUCGAAUUUUGAAUUUGGUUUAUCAAGAAUUGCACAUGCAUUAGAAGGUGGUUCUGGACCAAGAUUAUGUGCUGAUACAUGGAUACAUGUAAAACGUUGUGUUUUGGGUUUAUUAACAGGUAUGGCAAAACAAAUUAUUGUUUUACCAUAUCCAGCAAUACAAGAAAUUUUAACAUUCCUUCAUUCAUGUGAAAUUCAAGGAUUGUUAACACCAUCAAGUAUUCCAAUAAUACCACAUGAUUUUGAUAAUGAAAUACCAACAAUUGGUAUGGAAGCAAGAAAACUCCGUGUGAUUUUAAAAAAGCUGGUAGAAUAUGAAAAAUAA